AUUUAAUGAUGUUAGGCAGAAAUUUUAACUGGCCCAUAUUUUUCGGUUAGAAAUAUGUAGAUAGUUCAAAUUCUACAGAUGCACGGAUUGAAUUCCACUGUCAAAACAAUGCCUUGAUGGUACUUUUUGGAUGAAAAAAAUGACAACAUUAAAAGAAGAUAAAGUUGUCCCCACAACACCUGGAUUUUGGUGGAAGAACUCCUGCAAGAAAGAUGGCGGUGUCUCCCCACCGACAGCCAACCCCAUAAAAGCACUGUCCGACCACCAUUUUUCAUUAAUUUUUACCAUUUUUCUUGUGCAAUUCACUCGUAUAUAUAUACCCAUGACAAGAUCCUAGUCGUCUGUUGUUCUUUAUAUAAAAUAUUUCCCUCCAUAGAAGAUGACAUUAGGAUUUAGAAUUGGGUUUCUCUUGGUUCUUGUUCUAUGUUUCUGUAAGUUUACAGUUUCUAUGAACCACAGCAGCAACUCUCGUGGAGAUUACACUCAGUUCCUUUUGUCUAAUGGUGUGGGACGUACACCACCAAUGGGCUGGAAUAGCUGGAAUCACUUUCAAUGUAAUAUAGAUGAGUGGACUGUGAAGACUACUGCUGAUGCUCUUGUUUCAACUGGGUUAGCUGCACUUGGGUACAAAUAUGUUAAUAUAGAUGAUUGUUGGGCUGAAGAAAGCAGAGACUGGAAGGGUAAUCUGAGGCCAAAAUCCUCUACCUUUCCUUCUGGAAUUAAGGCCCUUGCUGAUUAUGUCCAUGCUAGAGGCUUAAAACUUGGCAUAUAUUCUGAUGCAGGAUAUACGACCUGUAGCAAGAAAAUGCCAGGCUCUCUUGGGCAUGAACAGCAAGAUGCAAGCACCUUUGCCCAAUGGGGGAUUGACUACUUGAAGUAUGAUAACUGCUACCAUGAUGGCUCAGCACCUCAAGACAGAUAUGCCAAGAUGAGCUAUGCAUUGCAUAAGGUAGGCCGGCCAAUUCUUUACUCUAUAUGUGAAUGGGGAGAGGAGUACCCAGCAAAAUGGGCUGGCCAGUACGGUAAUGCUUGGAGAACCACAGGGGACAUUAAAGACACCUGGGAGAGUGUCACAUCAAUUGCAGAUGAAAAUAACAGAUGGGGAAGAUAUGCUGGUCCUGGCAGGUGGAAUGAUCCUGACAUGUUAGAAGUGGGCAAUGGAGAGAUGACGCUAGAGGAAUACCGCUCUCAUUUUAGUAUUUGGGCUUUAAUGAAAGCUCCUCUGCUUAUUGGAUGCGAUGUCCGAUCUGCAAGCAGACAGACUCUUAGGAUCCUUGGAAACAAAGAGGUAAUAGAUGUUAAUCAGGAUCCACUAGGAGUUCAAGGCCGGAAAAUACGAUCAAAAGCUGGUCUAGAGAUUUGGGCAGGGCCACUGUCAAGAAAAAGAGUGGUGGUGGUGCUAUUGAAUAGGAGUGGUUCCAGGGCUCCUAUAUCAGUGGGAUGGAGAGAAGUUGGACUUUCUCCUUAUAGUCCUGUCAUUGUUAGAGAUUUGUGGGCGCGUUCAUUUGUUUCGAUGAGCAAGCGUUAUGGACUAACUGCAUAUGUUGCUCCUCAUGCUUGCAAGAUUUAUAUCCUCACCCCAAAUUCUUGAGGAAGAAGUAAAUUAACCAGAAGUUGGCUGAAGAAAACCAGUCAUUCUUGUUUAAGGCAGCUUUAUGAUAAGAUGAGGCAUAAGUAAGCUGUAAUCUUUAGCCCUUUGGGUGUUAGGGAAGCUUCUCAGUUGAAGAUGUAUGCUUGUACUAAAAUUCAAGUGCAGUUUCUUUUUUUUUUUUU